AUGCGUACAUCAUCGCUCUUUCUCUUACUAGCCGCAGCUAGUAGGGCCAUUCCCUCUCUGGCAGAGGAAGCGAGUGCCGAAGCAACUGAGGUUUCCGCAGCUGGCGGUUGUCGUAAUCCGGAGAUUCGGCGAGAGUGGCGUACCUUCUCAUCCGUCGAGAAAGCAGCAUACAUCACCGCCGUCAACUGCUUGGCUCGGAAGCCUCAUACUUCUGCUUUAAAACCAACAUACCCUCGCUCAAACAUCCCGAGUGUGACAACAAACUCGUCUUAUUAUGAUGAUAUGACAUAUGUUCACAUGGAUCUGACCGACCAGAUUCAUUACACUGGGCUAUUCUUACCUUGGCAUCGGUGGUUUGUUAAUGCGCAUAUCCAACAACUCAAGGCACAAUGCGGUUACAGAGGGGUCAUGCCUUAUUGGGACUGGAGCCAAGACUCUCUAUCCCUAAAUACCUCUGGAAUAUUCAGUACUAAUUCCGUUACGGGCCUUGGUGGAUUUGGAGACCCACUGAAUGACUACCAAAUCACCACAGGGGGUUUCUCAAACAUGACCGUAGCAUACCCGGUCAAGCACCGUAUUCGUCGCCAAUUCACACCCUUCCCGUACCUCGACUGGUACUGGCUGCAGCGCCCCAACGAAGCCGCCAAUGCGACUAUUACGAAAGCCUACAUUGAUGCAGCAAUCAACGGAUACGUUGGAGACUUUGUCGGUUUCCAAAACGCGACUGAAAAGGCCCAGGCAUUUCAUCCCAACAUCCACAUGAUUUUAGGUGGUGACAUGGCCGGAACGUGUCCAACAGCUGCUGGGCCUUCGUGCACUGGGGGCUCGACGUGGACUUCAAAUGACCCGAUCUUUUUCCUUCAUCAUGCCAAUAUUGACCGUAUCUGGUACAUGUGGCAGCUCAAGAACCCGGCCAACGCCAAGGCCUUCAAGGGGGGCUCUGUGAGUACAUACACGGACCCUGCGUACCCGAAUGGGUAUCCUCCCUGGUUGAGCACCACGACUGUCAUCCCAACGGAUGGCAUGUUCCCAUCCAAGACUAUCCAAAAUAUGCUGAGCACUGUUGGUGGGGAUUUGACCAACCCGAGCGCCGUUAUACCUCGCAAUACCCAGUGCCGACAGCCUCACAACUUUCCAUUUAUACUCCCACGUCCAAGCGCGAGUUCGGAGCAAAAACAGAACAGGUCUUCCGAAGAAUCCCGAUAUAAAAACCAGGGCCUUUUCUCACCCGCCGCUGCACCCCGGCACCCACCUGCUUUCCGCGACUCUACCUUGAACCCUCGGUCAUCGAUCCAAACUACAUCUACUGGCGUAUCAUUCCCCCAUACUUCCCCACAUCCCUUCGGCCUUCCGUUUUACAAUCCUCCAGAGCAAAUGUCUGACGUCGCCCUUGCUCCUCUCAUUGCUGGCAACGCCAAAUGGGCUGCAGAAGUCCGUGAACAAUAUCCCACAUUUUUUGCAGAUGCUGCAAAGGGCCAGAGCCCCAAGGUCCUCUGGAUUGGCUGUGCUGACUCCCGAGUUCCGGAGAGCACUGUCUUGGGCUGCAAGCCUGGCGAGAUAUUUGUACACCGCAACAUUGCCAACCAAUUCCACCCCGAAGAUGAUUCGGCCCUUGCUGUUCUCACCUAUGCAGUAGAGAACUUGGGCGUCGAACACAUUGUUAUUGCUGGUCACACGCAAUGUGGUGGAGCAGCUGCUUGCCACGCCGCUGCGCAGAACAUCAGCGGGGCAGCCUCCCCUGCAACAACGCCUCUGGCGCGCUGGUUGAACCCUCUUACGCAGCUUGCAGCAUCCCUUGCAUCCGGAAAGACGGACUCGCAUGAUACCUCGACCGAACUUUCGACCCUUGUCGAGGCCAACGUGCGCAAACAAGUUGACAAUGUUGUGGAUACCGAUGUAGUCCAGCGUGCCUGGGCAUCUGGCAAGCAAGUCUAUGUCCACGGCUGGGUUUACAUGAUUGAGACUGGCACUAUCAAGGACCUCAAGGUCACUGCCAACCCGCCAGCCUACUAA